AUGGCGUUAUGCAACAGUCUCCUGUCUGAAGAGAACUUCCUGUGCUCUAUCUGUCUGGACGUGUUCACUGAGCCAGUGACCACUUCAUGUGGACACAACUUCUGCAUGGCCUGCAUCAGAAAGUACUGGGACAGUGAUGACCUGUGCCAAUGUCCAAUCUGUAGAAAGAAAUUCGACAGGAGACCUGAGAUUUGCAUCAAUGCUUUCAUUUCUGAGAUGGCUGCUCAGUUCAGGAAGUCAGUUCAACUGAGAGCUAGCCGCAGCCCAGACCAAAACUUUGUCGAGCUUGGGAGAGUGGCCUGUGACGUGUGCACUGGGACGAAGCUGAAGGCUCUGAAGUCAUGCCUGGUCUGUCUGACUUCAUACUGUGAGACUCACCUGCAGCCUCAUCAGAUAGCCCCAGCCCUGAAGAGACAUGAGUUGAUUGACCCAGUAAAGAGGCUGGAAGACAGGAUGUGUAAGGAGCAUAACAAACCUCUGGACCUGUUCUGUAGGACUGAUCAGAUGUGUGUUUGUGUCCAGUGCAAGAAAACAGACCACAAGACUCACUACACUGUCCCUCUAGAGGAAGAGUAUGGAGAAAAGAAGGCUCAGCUGGGGCAGACAGAGGCAGAAGUGCAGCAGAUGAUCCACGAGCGACUGCAGAAGGUUCAGGAAAUGAAACACUCAGUAGAGAUCAGUAAGAGAGAAGCAGAGAGAGAGAUAGCAGACAGCGUGCAGGUCUUCACUGCUCUGGUGCGCUCCAUUGAGAGAAGCCAGGUUGAGCUCAUUGAGGUAGUUGAGGAGAAGCAGAAAGCAACCGAGAGGCGGGCUGAAGGACUCAUUAUAGAUCUGGAGCAGGAAAUCACUGAUCUACGUAGGAGACGCAGUGAGCUGAAGCAGCUGUCACACACUGAGGACCACCUCCACCUCCUUCAGAGCUCCCCAUCCCUCUGCAGCCUUCCACCUAACAAGGACUGGUCUGAGAUCAGUGUUCACCGCAGUCUGAGUGUGGAGACAGUGAGGAGAGCUGUGUCUCAGCUGCAUGAGACAAUCAGGAGUGAAGUGAAGAAGUUGUGUGAUGCUGAGCUGAAGUGGAUGCAGCAGUGGUCAGUGGAUGUCACUCUGGACCCUGAUACAGCCCACCCCUCUCUCAUCCUCUCUGAGGACAGGAAACAAGUCAGAUAUGGAAUUAGAGAACAGAAUCUCCCUGACAACCCAAAGAGGUUUUCAAAGGGUGCCAGUGUCCUGAGAAAAGAUGGCUUCUCUGGGAGAUUAUACUAUGAGGUGCAAGUCAAGGAGAAGACUAAAUGGGAUUUAGGAGUGGCCAAAGAGUCCAUCAACAGGAAGAAUGACAUUUUCCUGGGUCCUGAGAAUGGCUACUGGACCAUAUGGCUGAGGAACGCAAAUGAAUAUGCAGCUAAUGAUGACCGAGCUGUCAACUUCCUCCUGAGAGAGAAGCCCCAGAAGGUGGGGGUGUUUGUGGAUUAUGAGGAGGGUCAGGUCUCCUUUUACGAUGUGGAGGCCAGGUGUCAUAUCUACUCUUUCACUGGCUACACCUUCACUGAGAGAAUCUAUCCAUACUUCUGCCCCUGUCUUAAUGAUGGUGGUAAAAACUCUGCCCCUCUGAUCAUCACUCCUGUCAAUCACACAGACUGA